CAUUUUUAAGGCAAUUUCAAAUCCGUUUUUAUUAAUAUUAAUUUAAUGAAAUUCACAAUUUGCUUCUUAUUGGGAUUAGUAACACUCAAUGCAGUCUUCGUUAAAAAGCCAUCUGAUCCAAAUGCAGGAGUCUUCGCUGAAUUGGAAGAGAUUGAAGAACACGCAUUGGGAAGAAAAUUGCUCGACACAAUUGCUCUUUAAAUGAAAAACCAAGCCCCAUUGGCUGAUAUUGCUAGAAUGCUUUAAGAAUUGAGAGAAAACUUAUUAUUACAAUAAUAAUAGGCUGACUUGAAACAUGCCGCUGAUGAAGCCGAUUGUGCUGCUGAAAUCGCUGGAUACAACAGAAGAAUUGAUUAUGCUUCCAAUGAAAUCAGUGAAUCAACAACUGAAAUCACUGCUUUGACUGCCUAAGUCUAAUAAUUGGAAAGCGAAAUCGAAAACAUCCAAGUCCAAUUGGGAAUUCUUAAUGAUUAAGAAGAAACCUUGAGAACUCAAAGAGCCAAGGAUGCUGAAGCCUUCGCUUAAAGAAUCAAGUCCACAGCUGAUGUCGUUGAAGCCUUGAAUGUCGUUGCUGCCAAAUUGUCUGCUAUUCAACCAGAAUAAGAUCCAAAGGCCGUCUUCUUAGAAUUACACAACAUGGGUAAGAGUAACCCAAUUGCUGCUUUGGUUUCUAUUGCCUCAGCCUUCUCCAAGGAAAGAUUGUAAUAAACAUAAGACAAGAUCGCUGAACUCAGACAAUCAAUUGAAUAAUCCGCUGUUGAUGACUAAGAAGCUGAAGUCUAAGCUUAAAUUGAUUACCAAAACUUGUUGGCCUAAUUCGCCGAUCAAAGAAAGAACUUCCAAAAUGCUUUGAAAGACAACGAAGCCAAAUUGACCUAAACUCAAAAUGCUUUGGGAGCAUAAAAGAAGAGAAAGGAAGAUGCCGGUAGAGAAUUAGCCACCGCCACUGCAGGAAAGACCUAAAAGGAGAACGAUUGUGAGGCCCUCAGAACCUAAUAUGCCAGAGACAGUGAAUAAAGAACCAAGGAAGUUGGAAUCAUCAGACAAGUCGAGGAAAUUUUGGCUACUAAAUUGGAAGGUGCUUCAGGAUACUUAAAGAACAGAAUCAAUUGAUUUGUUUUUAUUCAAAUAUUCUAAAAAUUCAACAGUUCAUAU